GAGGCGCGGGGCGCAGGGCCGGCGGCCGGAGCGGGGUCCCCCGGAAGCGCCAGCUGGGCCGGCACGGCGGGGGCGCCGGCACCGAGGGCUGCGAAGGAGCGGUUGCUGGACCCCGCCCGGCCGAGGCGCGGGGGCCGCACGGGGUGCGGAGGGGCCCACGUCUCCGUGGAGAUGGCGCGGCACGUGCCGUGACGGUGCCCGCGCCCCGAGGGUCCCGGCCUUGCGCCCCGCGUCCCCGGGCGAGCAUGGAGCGCCCCGAGCCCGAGCUGAUCCGGCAGAGCUGGCGGGUGGUGAGCCGCAGCCCGCUGGAGCACGGCACCGUCCUGUUCGCCAGGCUGUUUGACCUGGAGCCCGACCUGCUGCCCCUCUUCCAGUACAACUGCCGCCAGUUCUCCAGCCCAGAGGACUGCCUCUCCUCCCCCGAGUUCCUGGACCACAUCAGGAAGGUGAUGCUUGUGAUUGACGCUGCCGUGACCAACGUGGAGGACCUGUCCUCGCUGGAGGAGUACCUUGCUGGCCUGGGCAGGAAGCACCGUGCGGUGGGCGUGAAGCUCAGCUCCUUCUCGACGGUGGGUGAGUCCCUGCUCUACAUGCUGGAGAAGUGCCUGGGCUCCGCCUUCACACCAGCCGUGCGGGCCGCCUGGAGCCGGCUCUAUGGGGCCGUGGUACAGGCCAUGAGUCGAGGCUGGGAUGGCGAGUAAGAGGCGGCCCCUGCCCAGCGGCCUCCACCCGGCGGCCCCCGUCUGACCGUCUGCCUGUUUAUCCAUGUCUGCAGUAGCCCAGGCUCCCCUAGGCCUCCCUGCCUCUUGGUCCUUGUCCCCUUGGCCAUCCUGGAGGGGUGAUGGAGCAGGGCUGGAUCUCAGUUUCCCAGACCCCAGCUGCGGACAGGAGUGGAUUUCCCUUCAGGAAGGGGCUUCCGGAGUUCCCCACACCCCCAAUAAGCUUCUUCCCUCUGGCAUCCCCUCCUCCGCCGAGGGGAGGAGCAGCGUUCUGGUGCAGAGGUGGCUGGGGCCAGGAAGGGGUGGGGCUUUGAGGGAAUGGCCUCUUCUGUCGGCCGCCCUUCUCAGGUGAGCCUGGGCCAGGGGACAGUGGCUCAGCUGAGGCUGAGCUUCCGGCGUGCCCAUCUGGCCUGCCUUCAAUGCCUUUCUCUCCCAGGGGCAUUUGCUUCUCACAAGGAAAGAGGGGGGACAGCUGUAGCCUUCCUGGUGGAAUUAGAGGCUCAGGUAACUGCUGAGGAAGGAGAGGUGGCCUGAUGGGGCUCAUGUCGGUCUCAGGGGCCUACUCGGAGGCCACCUGACAGAAUAGUUUUUCUUUGCAGUGUCUCCCUUCCCUCUGGCACUUCUGGUGGGAGCUCCCUUAUUAUUGCUCACAGGAACCAGCCAGGGUGGGUGGCGCUGGGGAAGGGUAAGGAAGGAGGUGGCUUCAUUACAGAGAGACCUGAGUUUGGUGGCUCUUGCUCACCACCCCGCUCCAGCAGGGCCUGGGUCUUCUCUCCCCUGACCCUCCUUUCUGCCUCUGCCUACACCAAGUGCUGGUCCAUAGCUCCUCAUAUACAUCUUGCUGAAUGAUGGGGAUACAUUGUGAGAGAUGCGUCAUUAGGUGAUUUCGUCCUUGUGCGAACAUCAUAGAUUGUAUUUCACAAACCUACAUGGUAUAGCCUACUAGAUCCCUAGCUAUAUGGGACUAAUCUUAUGGGACCAUCAUAGAUGCAGUCUGUCGGCCGAAAUGUCGUCACGUGGUGCAUGACUGUAUAACAUCCGAUGUGUGCCUAUACUUAGGCUGCUGGAUAGAAGAGAAAGCAGCAGUGGAAGCUCUCUGCCCUCACCCUGAGCCGUCUGCAGUUUUUUGUUUUGCUCUGUGCUGUGGUUGUAUAAACUCGUGACGAAUAAACCUGUUCUGUGUGCC